AUGAAGUCAACUGUUAGCGAACUCAUUCGCCGGAAAAGAUUAUUGAAGCAUGUUUUGCUAGGACUAAUUGCAGUGCUCGGAUUGAUUUGUUUGUACAAUGGUUCGACAUUUGCUCCUGGAACGGAAGAAGUUAUUAGUUUGGACGAAGGUACGGAUCCGAUCACCGGAAGUUUUCGACCUAAACGUGAUUAUUUCGAUGAAUUGUUUGAAGAUCAAGAACUAAACCCCGAGGUUCCCAAAAGCUUACCUGUUUGUGAUACUCGACACUCGGAGUUGAUACCUUGUUUGGAUAGACAUCUUAUCUACCAAUUGAAGUUGAAGCUUAAUUUGACUCUAAUGGAGCAUUAUGAACGACAUUGUCCGCCUGCAGAACGACGAUACAAUUGUCUAAUUCCGCCUCCAUCUGGAUACAAGAUCCCAAUCAGGUGGCCGGAAAGUAGAGAUGAGGUUUGGAAGGCAAACAUACCCCAUACACAUCUUGCGCAGGAGAAAUCCGAUCAAAAUUGGAUGAUAGUGAUGGGAGAAAAAAUCAGGUUUCCUGGCGGAGGAACUCAUUUUCAUUCUGGUGCUGAUAAGUACAUAGCUUCCAUUGCAUCUAUGCUCAAGUUUCCUGGUGACAAGCUCAAUAAUGGAGGAAACAUCCGAACUGUUCUUGAUGUGGGAUGUGGGGUAGCAAGUUUUGGAGCUUAUCUUUUACCCCUAGGAAUCAUAGCCAUGUCUUUAGCACCAAAUGAUGUACAUCAAAAUCAAAUCCAAUUUGCACUUGAACGUGGGAUUCCAUCAACAUUAGGAGUCUUGGGUACCAAAAGACUUCCAUACCCAAGUAGAUCAUUUGAAAUGGCUCAUUGUUCACGUUGUAGGAUUGAUUGGCUUCAAAGAGAUGGAAUUCUACUCCUGGAAUUGGACAGAUUACUUAGACCAGGAGGCUAUUUUGUGUACUCUUCACCUGAAGCAUACGCACAUGAUCCUGAAAAUAGAAGGAUUUGGAAUUCUAUGCAUGAUCUAUUAAGAAGAAUGUGUUGGAGAGUUGUUUCAAGAAGAGAUCAAACUGUUAUUUGGGCCAAAUCUUUAAGUAAUAGCUGUUACCUUAAAAGACCAUUAGGAACCAAUCCUCCUCUAUGCAGCUCGGAUAAUGAUCCAGAUAUGAGUUGGAAUGUGCAUAUGAAGGCAUGCAUCACCCAAUACUCUACAAAGAUGCAUAAAGGAAAAGGGAGUGGGCUUGAACCAUGGCCAAGUAGGCUUAUGGGCCCACCACCUCGCCUUGAUGAAAUUGGUGUUAGUGUUGAUCAGUUUCAAGAAGACAGUGAUACAUGGCAUCAUAGAGUGAUGGAGUAUUGGAAGCAGAUGAGAUCUGUGAUACAGAAAAAUUCCAUUAGAAAUGUGAUGGAUAUGAACUCAAAUCUUGGUGGAUUUGCUGCUGCUCUUAAGGAGAAAGAUGUUUGGGUGAUGAAUGUUGCUCCUGUAAAUAUGUCUUCAAGGUUGAAAAUUGUUUAUGACAGAGGAUUAAUUGGAACAGUUCAUGAUUGGUGUGAAUCUUUUUCAACAUAUCCAAGAACUUAUGACCUACUUCAUGCAUGGAGAGUUUUUUCAGAAAUUCAAGAUCGAGGUUGUAGUGUUGAAGAUUUAUUAAUUGAAAUGGAUCGAAUGUUAAGGCCAGAAGGGUUUGUGAUCAUAAGAGACAAAUCAUCUAUAGUUGACCAUAUAAGAAAGUUCUUGACAGCUUUAAAAUGGGAUGGAUAUUCAUUAGAGGUUGAACCAAAAAUAGAUCCUCUUUCUUUAAACGAUGAGCGCGUUGUAAUUGCCAGAAAACAACUAUGGGGAGAUGAUGAUGAUGAAAUUUUAUAAAAAUGGAUUUCUUUUAAGAAUGUUUAAAUUGAAUUUAGGGAGAUGAUGUGAUUGGAUAUAUGUUGAAAAUUUUGGUUGUAAAUCAUUGGGAUUUGAGUAAAGAAGGAAUUAGAUAAAAAAAAAUUUAAGUAACUAGUUUUUUAGUUUAAUUUUUCUUAAUGUAUCUCAACAUUUUUCUUAUCUAUGGAAAUCUUGUUUAGUGUA